CCUUCCGCUUCACAAAGUAGGCCAUAUUGGGAAGCGUCAUGACUGCGUUGUCGGCGCACUAAUACGUUAAUUGAUGGUUUAAAAGUCUCAGGUGGGUGAGUUGGGUGAACCGGAACCGUAUUACUCGCCGAGUGAGCGUCUCGAGGACAGGUAAGGAUGUCAAAGAGGCGGACGAGAAACACAAGAAAUGGCCAAAGUAAAGAGCAGUUUGACCGGGGGAUGCGACAGAGCAGACUGGACCUCUUUAUCCAACAAUUCGAGAAAGAAGGUUUGCUUUUGACAGCGUGUAAAAAUGUCAGGUUUUUCAACUCGUAGACUUCUGUCCUGUUGAACUACAAAAGCCAAAAUGUGUACCUUACAGCUCAAGAGCGUAUAAAUGAGUUGUGGGUCCGAAUGGAGAACACGUUGGCAACAGUGGACAAGGUUUUUAAAGUUGAGCUGAUGAAGAUGCCGCCUUCACAUCGAAACAAUCUUAUAGGGGAUUUAAUAAGCGGUAAGAGCACUUCAUUCACAUGUGAAAUAAGUUGUCACUCUGUCAUCCAAGCAUUCAUUGAAUUGGUCAUUUAUUUGUGUUUCGCUUGUAACAGAGGAGGACAUUUCUACAAGUGAGGUGUCCAUUGUAAUGAAGGUGAGCUGAGUCCUUUCUUAGGCCGCACCUGCUGCCAUUUCUGAAUAUAAAAGGUGUAAUCCGGCGUUUUUCAGAAUGAGACCCUGGAGGUAAACCAGUCCCUCAAGAGGGUUCCAAGUAAAAAAGGUAAAAUAACUUCAUUUAUGAAGAUGGCUACAGUAGUUUCAGAUCCUGAAUUAACACCCAUCCACUGUGCUUUCAUUUCAAGCAAGAUCAACUGAUUCUCCCCCGGUUCCGCCCACUCCAGUCCAGAGGUCUACUUCCAAAACCUCAAAGGUAGGGAAGUAACAGAGUUUAUGAAACUGAACUCCUGUGUGCUUGAUUGCAGCAAAGAAAGUGUCAGGAAAUCUGUUUUUAAUGUUCUGUUGUCAUUGUAUUAGGGAGGAAAGGGGACAAAGAAGACCAGAACAUUAGUUGGGAGUAACAGCACUGGAAAUCUUAGGUAAGUUUUGGUGUUGUCAGACGGGGGAAUUGGAGUGUUACCAUGGUACCAUACAAAAAAGUAUAAUCCAACUGGAUAUGGUAAGGUGGAGGGUGAAACAAUAUGGUAUGAUACAGUGUGACACAAUACCUGAUAACAUAGUCAGUGAUGAUAAAACACGAUAAUAUCUAACCAACUGAGUUUUAAUGUUAUUUUCAACAGGGGCUCCUCAGUCAUUUCAAAAAGAACUCAGAGCCGAGUGACCAAGACCAGUGACCAGACCCUGUCAACCAAACCCAAACUCAGGUCUGUUUGUACUCUAGAUGUGGUGUGUAGCAGUUUCAUUCAGACAUUGACUGUUGUGUCUGACUGUUGUGGUCCAGGUCUGUCGUCUCCACCGGUGAUCUGCACUGUUCAGUGGGAGCCUCUGCUGCACACAUCACCGUAACCACAGCGCUGGGACAGGUUCUCAUGUUUGUUUACCUCGUACCAGCUUUUGAGGAAGCAAUGCUUUAUAAUUCUUCUCCAGGGUCCUUCUCAAACCCAUCAUGAUCAAGAUUUUGUUCUUGAUUUUCAUCAGUAGCAUGCAUGCUGAAGAUGUUUGUCUUUUUUUGGCUAGACUGUCAGUUUCUCAGAGGAGACCAAGGAUGAUAUAAACCUGGAUUUGCUGGAUGAUGUGGCGUGGUGCCAGAUUCAGAAGCUUACGGUAACACAAAGAAGUAUUUGUGCUAUAUAUAUAUAUAGAACAACACACUUGACUCAUGGGAAAUAAAUCUCCAGGCGUUCAAAACUCACUAACCAAUAACUCUUCGCUCUAAACUGGACUUUUCAGAGUCUUAUGGCCUGUCUGUCGAGGCGAAGUCGCUGCCAGCAAUAACUAAAGACACACUGGCCACCACCAUGACCUGGACUAAACACCAGUGGAAUAUUUAAUUUAUUUGACAGCAGUUUUACUUUGGUUGUGCUUGUGAGUUUUAAAAAUAUAAUAAAGCUUAUUUGUAUCAUGUAAGUUACUUGUCAGUUUGUUGAAAAUAAAAUACAAAUCAAGUGCAA